GCUACAUCCAUUCCGCUCCCAUUCCUCAUCUCGUUCGGUCCCCUUCCUCCGGUUUCAGAUCUUUUCCGAUCUGCAUGCUUACGAUCUGAGACCUUAGCUCGAGUAGUCGGCAUGGAGGUGGAUUAUCAAGAGGAAUACAUCAAGAACUCGAGAGGUUUGCAGCUCUUCACAUGCAGAUGGCUUCCCCUCUCUUCCUCGCCAAAAGCCCUCGUCUUCCUCUGUCACGGAUAUGGUGUGGAAUGCAGUGGGUUCAUGAAAGGGUGCGGGAUUAGGCUCGCGACUGCCGGAUUCGGCGUGUUUGGCAUUGACUAUGUGGGACAUGGGAAGUCUAUGGGCUCCCGAGCCUACAUCAAAAAGUUUGAACACAUUGUCACAGAUUGCUAUCAGUUUUUCAAAUCCAUCACAGAAGUAGAAGAGUAUCGAGAUAAGGGUCGAUUUUUGUAUGGAGAGUCUAUGGGCGGAGCAGUGGCACUUCUACUUCACCGGAGGAAUCCAACAUUUUGGGACGGGGCUGUCCUUGUAGCACCCAUGUGUAAAAUAUCUGAGAAGGUGAAGCCACAUCCAUUGGUGGUGAAUCUCUUAACUCGCGUGGAGGAGAUCAUUCCCAAAUGGAAAAUUGUUCCGGCAAAAGAUGUCAUCGAUUCUGCCUUCAAAGAUCCAAUCAAGCGUGAACAGAUCAGGAGCAACAGAUUGAUUUACCAGGACAAGCCUCGCUUGAAGACGGCGUUGGAACUUCUUAGGACUAGCAUGGAACUCGAGAGCAAUUUGUCCACGGUGAAGCUGCCGUUCUUCGUGCUCCACGGUGAGGCUGACACGGUGACAGACCCGGAGGUGAGCCAGGCGCUGUACGAGUGCGCCGGAAGCGCCGACAAAACCAUCAAGCUCUACCAGGGGAUGUGGCAUGGGCUCACCUCUGGCGAGCCUGAUGACAACGUAGAGGCCGUCUUCGCUGACAUCGUCGGGUGGCUCGACCAGCGGAGCUUCUCCCGGGCUCCCGAGUGGGCGGAGAACGUGAAAGAAGUGGGGUUGGACGGCAGCAGCUCAGUUUCGCCGGCGGCAGCAGGGCCACGGAGGUUCCUGUGCGGGUGGAAGGGGCGGACGCAGCACCACUCGGCGAUGUGAGGUCGGCAAGGUACUAAUCAAUUAGAAUAGCGCUGUAGUUAAUAGCAAAGCGACAAUAAUUUACACCAAUACAUUGUUAUCGUAUGAUCCAUUUGGAAAGGUGUAGUGCGAAUUUUCUUCACUUCGUCGGAA